AUGACCAGUUACAGGCGUGUUCUGCUCGCGGUGCUGGCCGUGCUGGUCCAAACAAGGUCCGACGUUGUAGAUGCGGAGGAGGGUCGAGUGAGGAAGAGCUGGGCAGCGUAUAGCCGCGACGAGAAAGAGCUUUAUCUGGAUGCGGUACAAAAAGCCAUGACGUCUGGCCAGCACAUGCUGUUCACACAGGUGUAUAUGGACCCGGACAGUCUUCGUCAGGUCGUUGGAACGUGCGGGGCACCUGCGUGGUACCGCAAGUACCUGCUCGGAUAUGAAAACAUGCUGCGGUCUCUGGACACGUCCUUUCGUGACCUGACGCUGCCGUAUUGGGACCUAUUCGAAGACACGGCGAAGCGUAUUUCGACAAGCACGUCGUGCAAUGGGAUCGAAGGCUGUUCGCCGAUUCUGCAGGACUUUGGUGGCUCGGGAGGCAGUGACGUCGUGUCCGGUACCUACGUCGUGAAUGGUGAGACUAUUCCGAGCGGUAACUGCGCGAAUAGAAGCGUUGCGGCAUAUGCUUGCACGAGCAGGAAAAAGUGUGAGAAGUGUCUUCCGCGAGGAGACUGGGGCAUUGGCGAUUCAUCGUUGGAAUUCGGGCCGACUACGUUUGCCGACUUGAUACGACGUGCCAGUGGUAGUACUACGAGCUCUAGUGAUAGCAUGGAGACGCUGCGCAAGGAAGUCGAACUUUCGGUGCAGCUUACACUGCACAGUAUCCUGGGUGGCGUUUACGAGACACGGGCCGCUGCUUUUGAUCCCAUUUUCUUUAGUCACUACGCGACGCUUGAUAUGGUGUACCAGUUCUUCCAGAGCUGCAAUCAGAGCAUUCCACUGACUGGCUCUUGCAAAAGUAAUGGCGAGCUGCGCAUCUCUCCGACUGCUACCAUUCCAAUGAUAGUUGAUGGUACCCGAGUCGAAAAGCAUGCCGACCUUGGUGCCUUUUUCGAGAGCGCUGGCGAAACUUAUAAAAGCAUGGACGAUUUUGCUGUUGAGUACAAGAUCGGUCCUUUCCUUCAGAAUGUGCUGAAGAAGUUCUCGUUGCAGUGCAACGCUGAUGAAAGUGUCGACGGAGCAAUCUCAUACGCUACCGAGGAAAGCACGUUUGAAGAAGCUGCAGCGAUUACUACUUUGGUGAACGAUUUGGCUGGUUGUGAUCAGACUUCGAAGAUGAAGGGGACAACGAAUGAGACGGCGUCUGCCUUUAUCAGUUGCGAACUACUUUCUUCGCUGCAAAAUGGCGUGUUUACGAAUUUCAGCUCGCCCGUGAUCGACUUUUUCGGUGCAACGCAAGACGAUCUACCCAAGUGUGUGGGGGCACUAGCAGCUAUUGUGACGGCAGAAGUCACGGUUGUGCCGUCUAAAAGCUGCCAGAAGGCGAUUGCAACGGACACGAGUAUAAAUCCAAAGACGGAUUUCAAAUCGGUUUCGGAUGGUUUUGCAAUUGUAACGAGGGGCAUUCGAGAUGGAAAGGUGCAGUACAUGAAUCCACCUCCAUAG